UGAGACUCAGACAGUGCUGUUUUCACUGAGAGGUGAAAUGGCGCAGAGAGGAGUUCAGCUGGACCGGGAAACCUUCUCUUGUGUCAUCUGUCUGGAUCUACUGAAGGAUCCUGUGACUACUUCCUGUGGACACAGCUACUGUAUGGACUGUAUUAAAGCUCACUGGGAUGAAGAGGAUGAGAAGCAGAUCUACAGCUGUCCCCAAUGCAGGCAGACUUUCAUACCGAGGCCUGUCCUGCUGAAAAGCACCAUGUUAUCAGAUAUAGUGGAGCAACUGAAGAAGACUGGACUCCAAGCUGCUCCUGCUGAUCACUGCUAUGCUGGAGCUGAAGAUGUGGCCUGUGAUGUCUGCACUGGGAGAAAACUGAAAGCCCUCAAGUCCUGUCUGGUGUGUCUGGUCUCUUACUGUGAUCAACACCUUCAGCCUCAUUAUAACUCCUCUGCGUUUGAGAAACACAAGCUGGUGGAGCCCUCCAAGAAUCUCCAGGAGAACAUCUGCUCUCUUCAUGAUGAGGUGAUGAAGAUGUUCUGUCGUACUGAUCAGCAGUGUAUCUGUUAUCUCUGCUCUGUGGAUGAACAUAAAGGCCACGACACAGUCUCAGCUGCAGCAGAAAGGACUGAGAGGCAGAAAGAGCUCGAGGUGAGUCAACAAAACAUCCAUCAGAGAAUCCAGGACAGAGAGAAAGAUGUGAAGCUGCUUCAACAGGAGGUGGAGUUUAUCAAUCGCUCUGCUGAUAAAGUAGUAGAGGACAGUGAGAAGAUCUUCACUGAGCUGAUCCGUCUCCUGGAGAAAAGACGCAAUGCUGUAAAGCAGAAGGUCAGAUCUCAGCAGAAAACUGAAGUGAAUCAAAUCAAAGAGCUUCAGAAGAAGCUGGAUCAGGAGAUCACUGAGCUGAAGAGGAUCUCAGACACAGAGGAUGACAACCAGUUUCUUCAAAAUUACUCCUUACUCGCACCAGCCGGUGAAUCUACAUCAAGCAUCCAUAUCCGUCCUCUGCGCUACUUUGAGGACAUGGCAGCGGCCGUGUCAGAAUUCAAAAAGAAACUACAGGAUGUUCUAAAAGAGCUAUGGUCAACAACAGUGACUGAAGUGGAUGUUGUACUGCCAUAUUCACAACAAGAGCCCAAGACCAGAGAAGAAUUCUUGAAAUAUUCACUUGAACUCACACUGGAUCCCAACACGGUGAACACAUAUCUGUUAUUAUCUGAGGGGAACAGGAAAGCAACAUUAAUGAGUAAGGAACAGUUUUAUUCUAGUCACCCAGACAGAUUCGCUACAUGUUGUCAGGUCCUGAGUAAAGAGGGUCUGACCAGACACUGUUACUGGGAGGUGAGAGGGAGAGGAGGAGUUUACGUCGCAGUCGCGUACAAGAACAUCAGCAGAGGGGGGAAAUCGACCGAUUGUAGAUUUGGAUUCAAUGACAAAUCUUGGGCAUUGGAUUGUGACAAAAUCAGUUACACAUUUUGGCACAACAAAGUCCAAACUCCCAUCUCAGGUCCUCCAUCUACCAGAGUAGGAGUGUACCUGGACCACGGCGCAGGUCUUCUGUCCUUCUACAGCGUCUCUGACACCAUGACUCUCCUCCACAGAGUCCAGACCACAUUCACUCAGCCGCUCUACGCUGGACUGUGGCUUUGUUUUGAUGGAGGCACUGCUGAGUUAUCUUAACUCAGAUAGACAGACUAGGCCCGUAGCCAUGCAGCCUAGUGGAAGGGGGUUUCGGUUC